GUCAUCACGAAGACAGUAAUUAUGCCUUCUGUCACUUAUGGGAUUUCAGCUCUGCUUAAAAAAAAAUUCCUGAAGGUUCAGGAUAUAUAUUUUUUUCCUAAAGAAGAAAUGGAAAAGCUUUUCACUGUUCUGAUAAUAAGGGCUACAUUUUUUUGGCAAUGACCUUUUAAAUAAGUAAAGAUUUUUCCUGUGCCUUUAUUGUAGUUAACUGACAGCUGAGAAGUGGAUUUUACUUUUCCUUUCUGUUGCUGUGUUACAGAAGGAAUGUUCUAAUUAUCUUUACAAGUCAUAUGUAUACUUCAUACAAAUGAAAUUUUACUGCUGGCCAAAGAAGAUUGUGAUAGGUUAUCUUCCUGGAUUUUUUGUUUACUGAGCUGGAGAGACAUUCUGGAUACUGUUACAACAUAUAUAUGCAUCUCACGUCUCCAUUAUUUUUUUCAAACAGUUGAUAGAGGCAUUUUUUAACUAUAGCUCCAGUUUACUUCAACAGAAACUAUAUCUACAGAAAAACAAACUAUUAAUUUCCCAGUUUCUUUGCAUUUAGUUGCCUCCUGUCAUUUGUUGUGUGACCUUCUGCACAUUACAAUGGGUUGUGCUCUGUCAAGAGCUGGGGCAACAGACAAUUCCACAACCGAUGUGAAUGAAAUUUUAGAGGAGAUGGGACCAGAUACAGUUAUUGGCUCAAGAACACAGUCUGAAGUGGUAUCAGAUCUUUCAACCCUUGCAGAAUCCCAGAAGGAACUUAUUCAGGAAUCAUGGAAGAUUCUUCACCAGGAUAUUGCAAGAUUAGGAGUCAUAGUGUUUAUUCGGCUAUUUGAAACCCACCCAGAAUGCAAAGAUGUGUUUUUCAUGUUUCGAGACAUUGAUGACAUUCAGCAGUUGCAGCUAAGCAGAGAACUACAAGCACAUGGUCUAAGGGUGAUGUCUUUUAUUGAGAAGAGUGUUGCCAGAUUACAACAGGAAGACAAACUUCAACAACUCGCCUUCGAAUUGGGUAGAUGUCACUGCAGAUACAAUGCUCUACCUAAAUACUUUGAGUAUGUAGCAUUUCAGUUUAUGACUGCUGUGAAGCCCAUUCUUAAAGAAAAAUGGACAUCAGAAGUAGAUGAUGCAUGGAAGGCUCUGUUCAAGUAUUUGAUUUCACUAAUGAAGAAGGGCUUCCAAGAAGAAGAGAAAACUCAUCUUAUCAACAAGUCAACAUAUCCAAAGAAACAGCUGAUCUCAAAAAUGAACUUUGUUAAAAAUAAUGUGUAAUACAGAAAAGGUUUAUAAAACAAGCACACUUAUCUGAAAUAAAGAGAAAAUCUACUCAUGUAUCUUUGUGAUACGUGAUAUUGUGAUGCCUUCACAACUUUCCUUUUCUCCCCUGCCACACCCCCCCAAAAAAAAAACAUGUUGUUAUGUGAUUUUUAAUUUAUACUAUGCUAAGUCCUUUAGACUUCAUCACCCUGGUCAAACAUUUCAUGCUGUAUUCUGAAACACAUUUGGCAAAGUCAUGAAUUAGUCAUACAAAAGGUAAAUAUUUCUAGAAAAAAGUGCCACUACAAAACAAAAGUUUUUUUUUCUGCACUUCCCCUUUGAAAAUGUGUAUCUAUUUUUGUUCAGUGUUUAUUUAAGAGAUAAUACUACUCGGAAUUCUGUAUAAAAAGCCAUGCACAGCUACAAGUAGUAACAAAACAAUAUGCACUAGCAUCAUGAUCCUAUUGAACAAAAUGUCAGCAUUAUUAUGUUUGUGUACAAGAAUAGAAAAUAUUUUAAUUUUAUUGCAAAAAUAUCUGUAUUACCAUGUUUCAGUACAGGAAUAGAAAAUAUUUUAAUGUUCUUAUAAACAUAUUAAUCAAUCAGUAUCAUUAUGUUUCUGUGCAAGAGUAGAAAUAUAUUUUCCUGUUAAAAUACUAAUCAUAUUAACUAUGAAUUCAAUAAUAACUCUGCUUGUUUAAGUGCUGUGUGCAGUUCAUAGCAAAUGCAUCUUGAUAAGUUCAGUUCAUUAAAGUUUGGUAAUAAUA